ACGGUGGUUAACUACCUUUGUCCGUCAGUGGAGCGCGUCGAAGGACAGACGGAAGGCUGCGGUGCACAACUCUGUCGCAUCGGCAUCGAUGGUGCUCUGUUAUGGAGGCAUGUCGUCCUUGCCAAGCCUCAGAAGGUUGCAUCCGAGUAUAUAACGGCUGGCCCGGGCGCGGUUCAGCAUCAUUUGGUGCCUGUCUGCGCCGGCUGCCCCUGUCCGCCAUCAUGAAGUCCAUCUUUGUCGUCAGCCUGCUGGUGGCUGUGGCUGCCUCUCAGGAGAUCCUCAGCUACGACGCCGGCGACCACCAGCACACGGCCUCGGGCGAGCCGGGCACCUCCGUCAGCGGAGAGUACUCGCUGCAGACGCCCGAGGGCAAGACGAUCGUCAUCAAGUACAAGGCCGACGAGAACGGAUACGUUGCCGAGUCGGACGACCUGCCGCAGGCUCCGGCCGUGCCCGAUGUGCCCGCCGUGCCCGAGGUGAAGGCGGCAGUGGAGGAGCCGGCUGCUGAGGAGCCCAAGCCCGUCCCGGCUGUCUACGCCUUCAGCCCGUACCACUACGGCCUGCCGUACGCCGCCCUGCCGCACGCCGCCCUGCCGUACGCCGCCCUGCCAUACGCUGCCGCUCCCCUGCACUAUAACUUCGCACCACUGCCGUACGCCUUCGCUCCCCUGCCCGUCGAGCAUUAAGUAAAAGUUACUUCAUCAUCAUCAGCGGUAUGGCAUCUCCUCCGGAGCCAGCGCGGCACUCGGCGCCUCGCCAGCAGGGUGACGGUAACCAGAUGUGACUUCAGAUGCGACUCGGCGCUGGACCGUCGCGAGCUGAAAGACGCAGCUGUCUCCGCACCAACUCCUGCGGAUUCAAGGGCAUCUCCGGUGCGCGAUAAGCGGCGCUGUUGCAUUGCGUAUUGUUCGUCCCGUUUUUGUGCGCUUUCAUUUUCAGUUCACAAAUAAAGCAGGAUAUUCC